AUGUGUUGCUCAACCGAAGGUAUGAUCAGCGAUAAUAUGGAGGAGUAUAAGGCUCAGCUGACCUGCGACCAUCUGAACAACUAUGACGCAAUGGUGAUCCUGAUGUUCAGGUGCCCAGAAACGAAAUGCGUAAGUUGUCUUUUCAAAUGCAAAGGACAGACCUGUGAAGGCACCAGUUUUAAGGCAGCGGCGAAGGACAAUAAUUUGGUAAUAACGGUUCCAAGAGGUUACUUUUGCGAAAACUCGUUGAAGUGCGGCGAAUUCAACCUUGAAACCAUAAACCUUCAAGCAUACUACAAUUUGCCGCUCCCUGAUGACAUGAUGAAUUCCACCGGCCGAUGUGCAACCAAUCACCUGCCAGCGGAUGAAGAACUACUCGGAAUGAAGAGUUUGGAAGAAAGCAGCGAAAGCAACGAGGAUGUCACUGUUGCCCCAGUGAAGAAGAAUAAAAAUUUAUGA